CCUGACACCCCCUUGCCCCGCGGCCCGCAAUGCUCGCCCUGGGCGUUCCCACUCCCGCCAGCCCAACAGCUCGCGGGCGGACUUUUGGGCUGCGCGCGGAGCUGCGGGAUGUGGGCUUGGCCGAGCGGCGAAAACUGCAGGAGCUGCUGGGCGCCAGCUGGCUGCCCCGCAGGUCCUGCGACCGCCGGGGCAAGAUGCCCAGCGGCCUGCGCCUCAGGCAGGCCCUGCGCACCGCGAGGAGCCCCCCACGCCCAAAGGGCGCAGAGGCCGCUGAGGGCCCGCAGCUUCGGCCCGCGCUGCGGACGCGGCACUUUGGGCCGAGCAGCGGCGCCGCCCGCGCCGAUUACCUCUUCCACGGCACCUCCUGGGCCAAUGCCCUGCGCAUCCUCCGCGAGGGUUUCCGCCCCUCGCUUUUCGGCGCGGCCACGCGGGCGCGGGCGCGGGCGGGAGGCCCGCGGGAGCCCAUGUUUCCAGGCGGACUCUACUUUGCCGAGUGCUCGUCCAAGGCUGACGAGUAUACUUCUGCCCCGUGUGCAAUGCUGCUCUGCCGCUGCGCCUUGGGCCGCGUGCUGCGCACCACUCGCAAGCUGCCGCCCCGCCCGCUGGAAGAAGCGCUCGCGGAGGCGGAGUGCGACUCCCUGGUCUGCGACUUGGAGGAGCAAUGCCACAGCUACCGGGAGUUUGUGGUGACGGACCCUGGCCGAGCCUUCCCGGAGUACUUGUUGCUCUACGACCGCGUCUUCCAGAAGCGGAGAGGCCUGCGGGUGGUGUAGCCGGGGCGGACCUCCUGGCCGGGGCCUUCUUGGCGCUCGACGUGGACCAAGCCGCCGGAAGGACCGAAGCCAAGAGCCAAAGCCAGGCGAGCGCCGCCUCGCGGGCGCGGCGCGCGGCGCGCGGCGCGCGCCAGCCAUGGCGCGCCAGGGUACGUGGAACCGCUGGAUGCGUCGGACGUCAUGAGGGCUGCCCCGCUGGUGCAGGGUUCAAUUCGUGCCAGGCAUUGCCGGAGUGUUGCCUCCCGGGAGAUGGCGGGGCGAGGAUGUUUUCAGGGCGGCCCUUCUCAUUGGCAGCCCCGGAAAAUCAAACGCCUUGCCGCGAUUUGACGGGAAUGCCAGCGAUGCUGCGGCCCAAAAAUCGAGUGCCCCAGAGGUCCUUGAAGUUCCUUUUUGCUCAACCUCCA